CCUCGUUCACUCCUUUGGCCCCUUGUCAGCGCCCCGGCGGGUUUCUCAGACCACACACCACCUGCGCUCUCGAUCCUUCCCAGCUCAGCAAUCAUCGUGUCGAACACCCUCGAGCAGUUCAAGCGUUGCCAGUCCCUGCCGCUGCCAGCAUCAAAAUAGUUCGGAAUCGUUGUAGUAUAGCCCGCAGGUCUUCAUGUAUCUCCGCGCCUAGCACCACGCGAACGGGCCACUCUCUGCGCCUUUCUCCUGCCGCCCUGCACCGCACCUCCCUAGCUGCAGGCGCUACUCCCCCCCAGCUGAGCCGUGCGAUAUCGCCCUGCUCCCACAAACACACACCACGGCCACUGUUAUAUGGCAGGCCCGCCGCGGAUCAAGAUAGACAAUGCCCCAAUCCGCCCAGACCGGCUGAGACUUCAGGUCCUCGCCUCCCUCGCCGCCGCAGGCCCGGCCUCGCAGACUACCACAGACACCACUGUGAAGACCAGCACAGAGAAACGGCCCACCGUGGAGGUUGGCUACGAUGACGGAGACCUCGGCAAGCAGUCCGUGCUCAGCACCACUGGCCUAGACCGGGACGUCGAGGCUAAAGCCCAGCAGGAGAGCCCCAACGGCUCACUGGGUUUCGACAUUGGCGGCGUUUACCAUACGCGCAGCUAUGCUCAUGCCACUGGCGGCGCACUCCCUCGCACGGCUUCGCCAUACCCGCGUAACCGCAAGAGCCGCCUGCGCCGCGAGGAGGCCCGGAUACAGGACAGCGAUGCUGCGGCCGCGGCAGACCCGGAAGACGGCGAGGAUUGGCGGCGCGACGACGGCAAGAAGAAGCAGGUGUUUCGUGGCAGGGCUGUGCUGUGGCUUGCAUACCAGUCCAUCGGUGUGAUCUAUGGCGACAUCGGCACGAGCCCGCUAUAUGUGUAUUCCUCGACCUUUACGCAUGAGCCUGCCAACGAUGAGUUGGUCCAAGUACUUUCCGUCAUUAUCUGGACGUUGACUGUUAUGGUCACAAUCAAGUAUGUCCUGAUCGUACUCAAUGCGGAUAACGAAGGCGAGGGCGGUACUUUCAGCUGCUAUUCUUUGCUUGCUCGCUAUGCCAACAUUAUCGAGCGGGACCCUCGGGAACAAGUCAUCGUCAAAAUGGAGCGCCGGGACACUCACGAAUUGAGCAAGAGCGGUGAGAAGCUGCGCAUGUCGCUCGAGAACAGCCUCUUCGUCCGCGGCUUGCUCAAGUUCAUCGGUGUGCUGGCCGUAUCCCUUGUCAUUGCAGACGGCGUACUCACGCCCGCGCAAUCUAUCCUUGGCGCGGUUCAGGGCCUCGCAGUCGUCCAUCCAAACAUCACCGACCCGACCAUUGUAGGCACAACGUGCGGCAUUCUGAUUGCACUAUUCGUCAUCCAGCCACUUGGGACGACCAAGCUCGCCAAUACUUUCGCCCCGAUUGUCAUUCUCUGGCUGGCCUUCAACGCGGGCUUUGGCGUAUACAACCUGAUCAUCCAUGACCACACGGUGCUGCGAGCAUUCUCGCCCUACUUCGCGAUGCACUUCUUCAUGGAGAGGAAAACGGAUGCCUGGCGGAUGCUGGGCGGUGUACUACUGGCAUUCACAGGCGUCGAGGCUCUCUUUGCAGAUCUCGGAGCAUUCAGUUUGAGAGCUAUCCAGAUCAGCUGGCUAGGUUGGUGCUAUCCGUGUCUCCUUCUCGCGUACACCGGACAGGCGGCGUACAUCAGCAAAUUCCCUUCGGCGUACGACAACCCUUUCUACGAAUCAGUCCCACCGGGCAUGAUCUACCCAAGCCUCAUCGUGGCAAUCCUUGCUGCCGUCAUUGCGUCACAAGCGAUGAUCACAGCUGUCUCCCAACUUGUGACCCAGCUAAUGAAACUGUCCUACUGCCCGCAAGUCAACAUUGUGCAUACCUCGAAACGAUUCUAUGGGCAAAUACAUGUGCCCUUUGUGAAUUGGAUCUUGAUGCUGGGCUGCAUUCUUGUGACUGCUGCAUACUCAAACACCACGCGGCUAGGCAAUGCUUACGGUGUCUGCGUAAUGCUCGUCACCUUCUUUGACACUUGCAUGGUUACAUUGGUCGCGCUCAUAGUCUGGCGUCUGCCCUUGUAUCUUGUCUUCAUCCCGUGGCUUUUCUAUGCACUUCUCGACGGACUUUUCCUGUCUGCCGCGCUGGCGAAAGUGCCAGAAGGAGCAUGGUUUACUAUCACAUUAUCCGGCAUCCUCUCCUGCUUGUUUCUGCUAUGGAGAUUUGGCAAGGAGAACCAGUGGCGGGCCGAAGCUAGGGACCAUCUGCGCCCUGGCGAAGUCAUCGAACGCGACUGGGACGGCAAGAUGCUCCUAUCGGGACGAUUUGGCACGAGCAACAGCGGUCCACCCGAGCCGCUGACCAAGAUUCGCGGAUUCGGCAUAUUCUUUGACAAGACAGGUGUGAUGGCCCCGCACAUAUUCUCGCAGUUUGCCACCAAGUUUGGCGCGUUGCCCGAGAUACUCGUCUUCUUCCAUCUGCACCCGCUGGAAAUCCCGACUGUCUCUGCCGACGAGCGGUUUGCCAUCUCCAAGAUUGGCGCUAUUGAUAGCUGCUAUCGGCUCGUUAUUCGGCACGGGUUUAUGGAUCAGGUGAUCACUCCUGACUUGGGACGACUCAUUUACGAGCAGCUGCGAAAGUACUUGAUACGGCGCGCUGGCGGGGACAUUAUCGCGAGCGACCACGAUUCCGACGUGAAUCUCAACGCGCGUCCACGGGUCAGCUUCGAACCGAUGAGCCGCUGCCGGACCGCUGUGAGCACAGCUGUGCAGAGCGUCGAUGGGGAGAACAGGGAGACGAAUCAAUCGGGUCACAACAUGAGGGCCCGGUCGCGCAUAAGGACAUUGGCUGCCAACAGAGGCAAUGGGGCCGACAGCAUUUACGACCGUAACGAUGAUCACGAGGAAAAUGACAACACACAGAACGAUGGGGACGAAGAGGCACAGGAAGAGGAAGAUGAGGACGACGACGAUGAUGAUGAAGAAGAAGACGACGACGAUGAAGAAGAGGAAGAAGAGGAGAAGCGGGAGACGGAGCUGGAGAAGCUGGACCGAGCCUACCGCAGUCGGGUCAUGUACCUGAUUGGCAAGGAGCAGAUGAAGAUUGCCAAAGGGACGUCACUGAUCCGCAAGAUCCUGCUCAUGAGCUUCCUGUUUAUCCGCGACAACACGCGGGCCAAGAUUGCUAACCUCCGGCUGUCGAUGGACCGGGUCGUCGAGGUUGGCUUUGUCAAGGAGGUCUAGUUAGACUACCCAAUCAAAUUGAAGCCAGGCUGUCUGGCGGUGUUGUCGGCACGGGCCGAUGGACAUGAAGGGAACGAAACUAUGUACUCUGCGACCAAUCGCACCUUUGCAGCUGUUCCUGAUGAUACUGGGCUGAGAUGCGGCCGGGCAAGCAUGAUGACGAGCCGCGCGUAAUGCCGUUUGAAAUAUACCGACUGCGCCGUCUUGGCAAACGGCACACUGCAACCGGCUGGGCGCUGCGGAACGGGCGUUGGCGGGCUCGGCGCCAUGCCCUUGGCGGGGCCUGGGCUGCCCCAUCAAUUGAAAGGAACUGUGGCGAUGCAUCCAACGCCGACAGAACAGCAUCCGUUCCAACCGUCCAGGACGCAGAGAUGGCCGAUUUGAAGAGGCCAGCUAUGUCCCGCCCGGAUCGCCGGCGCGCGACCGCAGGGGGAAUGAUCACAGGAAAGAGAUAAAGUGGCCCUAGAAUAAACAAGGCGAUGUCAACAAACAAA